AUGGUCAUGUUAUGGAUUAUAUUGCUUUUACUUCAUCAAGGAUAUACUCUAGUUCCAGUGAAAAUUGUUCAGCUUGGUGAACCAGCGAACAUAACAUGUGCUUUUCCCGAUGGGGUCAGCAGUAAAGGAGUCCACUGGUACAAGCAGAGUGUCGGAGAUACUCUCAAAUUAAUAGUGUCACUGUUAAAAACUGAAACACCUCAGUAUGGUCAAGAAACAUUUAAAUCAAGAUUUCAAGCAAAUUAUGAUAAGAAAUUUAGCAACCUGACCAUUUUGAAAGCAGUCCAAGAUGAUGAGGGAAUCUAUCACUGUGGAAUGAUAGAGUGGAUUAAUCCUGAAUGGACUGGAACAUAUUUGUUAGUAAAAGGAAAUAACGAGACAGCAUCAGAUUAUACUGUUGUUCAAUGGCCAACAGUGUUAAAUCCACUGCACUCUGGAAAUUCAAUGACUCUCCAGUGUUCAGUCUAUUCUGACUCUGACCAGAUGUGUCCCAGAGAUUAUAAUGUGUUCUGGUUCAGAGCUGGAUCAGAUCCAUUACACCCAAGCAUCAUCUACACUGAUGGAAACAGACACAGUGAAAGUGAGAGAAUAUCAGACUCAGAGGAGAGAUGUGUUUAUCGCUUCUCUAAGAAUGUCAGCUCCUCUGACGCUGGGACCUACUACUGUGCUGUGGCCACAUGUGGGGAGAUAUUAUUUGGAAAUGGAACUAAACUGGACAUCGAAGUGCAGCCAACACAAUCAGGAUUCAUUUUAACGGCAAUAUUAAUAGUUUGUUUGGCUAUUUCGGUCAUUGGAAAUGUGUUCCUCAUAUGCAACUCAAGAAGUGAAGCUGAUGAAGAACUAAACUAUGCUGCACUGCAUUUCUCUGAAAGAAAAACAAGGGGAAAGAGGAAGACUGAGUUUGCUGAGGAUAGUGUUUACUCUCAAGUUAAACGCUGA